UUUGUGUCGAAUCUGCUUCCCUCGUUCACAGACAGACGACAACAUGGCGGCGCCUGCAAAACAGUACGGGCUGAUCUUGUCACAGAGGAAGGGGGCGUCAAAGACAGCCGUCCUGCAGAAAACAUCCGUGUUUGGGGAUGACUCUGACGAUGAGACUUCAGUUGGGGAGAGUUUGCAGAAGGAAGCUAUCAAAAAGAAAAUGAUGAAGCAGACUCGUUUGGAGAUGCAGAAGGCCUUGGAGCAGGACAGCACAGUAUAUGACUAUGAUGCUGUGUAUGAUGACAUGCAAAAACAGAAACUUGACAGCAACAAAAAAGUUUUGGGAGGCGCUGACAAAAGGCCAAAAUAUAUCCAUCAUUUAAUGAAAGCAGUAGAGGAUCGAAAGAAAGAGCAAGAACGGAGGGAUGAGAGGAAGAUCCAGAAGGAGCGGGAAGCAGAAGGGGAACAGUUUGCUGAUAAAGAUGCUUACGUUACUUCUGCCUAUAAGAAAAAACUGGAAGAGCAGAAGGAGGAACAAGAGAGAGAGAAAAGACAGGCAGAGAUAGAAGCUGCUUUGGAUGUGAGGAAACAGAAAGACUUGACUGGCUUCUAUCGUCAUCUGUUGAAUCAAACUGUUGGAGAAGAAGCAAUACCAGAUCGCACCGCAGAGAAAAGUCAAACCUCAAAUCUUUCAAAAGACUCAGAGAGGACCUCCCCUGCUUCCUCAGCGAUGCUGCAUGAGAGUGAGAACGUCCUAGAUUCCGGCAGUGACAGUGAGGGGGACCGGGAGAGGAAGUGUGCUUUUAACAAGUCUAGUGGAGGGGCCACACACUCGAAACGCCAAUACAGACAGAGGUCGCCUUCGUCGGGGAGUGGAGAGGAGAAGGAGAAGGAGAAGGAAAGGGAGAGAGAGAGAGACAGACAUAAGAAGAGCCAUAGAGACCAAGGGAGAGAGAGAGACAGAGACAGAGACAGACACAGGGAAAGAGAAAGAGACAGGGAAGACAGACACGGAGACAGACGAAGUGACAAGGAUAGAAAGAAAGAGAGAGACAGGGACAGAGAUAGAGGUAGAGACGAUGACCACAGCAGAGAGAGGGGGGAUAGAGUGAGGGAAGACAGGCAUAGCAAGAGGGACAGGAGCCCCAAAGAAAGGGAACGGGAUAAAAAUGGUGAAAGAGAGAAGAGGAAGAAUCAUGAAAAUGAAUGGGAGGAAAAAUAUCAAGAGGAAGAGAAGAAUGCAAGGAAAGAACCUGAGAGAGAGAGGGAACUGAAGAAAGAGGAAAUGGCUCCUGAAAAGGACAAAGCAGUCAGGGAGGGCCCAAAGGACAAAGAAGAUACACUGCAAAAAGAGGGUGAGGAAAAAGAGGAAAAAGAGGAAAAGGCAAGCAAGUUUGCGAAGCGCUACAACGAUCAGACUGUGAGCUCGGCUCGGGAGAGGUACAUGGCCAGACAAAUGGCCCGCUCGGCCUCCAAGAGCUACAUAGAGAAGGAGGACGACUGAGGACUGUUGAAUGCAUGUCAAAAUUAUCUCUGACUUAAACUCAAACUUUCUUUCAAAUAAGAUUAAUAUGCUGGAGUUUUCAAAAAAAAAAAAAAAAAAAAAAUCCUUUAAAGAGCAGAAAAACCAACUUCAACUGUCACCCCUCUUCUAAUGAUUCUCCUGCUACCACCUUCCAUGCUGAAGAUCUACUGUCUUAAAACUGGAGAACACAUAUUAAGUUUCAUCCGACUUCCCAAAGCACUGUGGAAAUGACUAGUCCAGGGUUUACACUGUAGACGUGAGUAAACAUCCCUCCCCAAGAGGAAGUGUUUGUUUAAUAAUCACACUGACGGAUUUAGUACACAGAUUAGAUUUGUGCAGCUUUCUGGCAGACUUGAUCAUCAGCCGCCGUGCUGUGAGCUAUUUUAUUUAUUAGCCAUAACUUGUAAUACUCACUCCACUAUGCACCACGGUGGACAGGAUGAGGAGGCAGGGUGUGCUCACGGUCCACCAGGACAGAAGUAGUUCAAGGUUUGAUUCUUAUAAGGAUGCUGAUGUGUAAACAUCUGAGUUUAAGCUCUUGUGUCGUCACAUGCAGGGGAAAGUGUAAAUAAAACGAAAUACCUUUGUUGUUGAAUGAGUUUUGGGGUGAUUUGUGAAAAAGUAACUGUCUUUGUUCACUUUUGUGUCUCUGAUGCGGUCAAUAAUGACUUCAUUAAAAUAAUUUCAUUGUU